CGAUUUUUUGACUGCCAACACAAUAUCCAUGAGCACUUACACGCUUAGAGACUUUCCUCAACAGUGGACAACUACUCACUGUGACAGUUACAAUAUUAUAUCAAUUAAAUUUAUUUAAACUGAUAACAGUUAAAAUUGAUUCGGCUAGAUGGUCGACUUUUGAGCUAACGCAUAGAAUGGGCACAGGUGAUCGUUUGCUUGAUAUUGCUUGCAACGUGUGUGAAGAUCGUAGUUCUGGAAAGCACUAUGGUAUCUACAGUUGCGAUGGUUGUUCAGGUUUUUUUAAAAGAAGUAUUCACAGUAAUCGUGAGUACACAUGCAAAGCUCAGGGUACUAUGAAAGGUCGUUGUCCAAUUGAUAAAACUCAUCGAAAUCAGUGUCGAGCUUGUCGUUUAACAAAGUGUUUUCAAGCUGGAAUGAACAAAGACGCAGUACAACACGAACGUGGACCUAGAAAACCAAAACCCCAUUCAAUAAUGUCAGAUAAACAUCAUCAACAACAACAACAACAACAAACACCAAUGAUAUCAUCACAAAGUGGUACACCAAUUCAUCAUCAUGAAACAUCAAGAGUUGAUUUAAAUUCACAUUUAUUAUCUCAUCAUAGUUCAUUGGUAAAUCAAUUAUCACCUUUAACAGCAACAACAGCAGCUUCAAUUCAUCAUGAACGUGUUAGACGUGAUCGUAAUACAUCACAUCUUUUAUCAAUACACAGAAGAUUAAGGUAUGUGCCAUAUUCUCAAACAGCUUCAUUAUUACAAAAACCAUCAGACGAUGCAACAUCACCAGUACCAUUUUCACUUCAAUUACAAUCACCACUACAACCACCACCACCUCCACCACCAUUACCACCAUCAUCAAAUACAAAUUUAUAUCAUUCACCAGCAGUUAAUAUAACUCUUGGACAACAACCACCUCUAAUGCAAAUUCUUAUGUCAGCUGAAAAAUGUCAAGAAUUUGUAUGGAGCACUCAAUUCCAGCCUGAAGGUGGUGAUGGUUCAAUUGAUCAAACUGAAACUGAAACAAGUCCAAGUCCGACGGGAACAUUGCAUAAUUUUACUCCAACAUGGGAAGUACUACAGGAAACAACAGCAAGAUUAUUAUUUAUGGCUGUUAGAUGGGUUAGAUGUUUGGCACCAUUUCAAACACUUUAUAAAGAAGAUCGACUUGUAUUACUUCAACAAACUUGGACACAAUUAUUUUUGCUACAUUUAGCACAAUGGUCAGUAUCAUGGGACAUAUCUGGAUUGCUUGAUGAUGAACAAGUACGACGAAGACUACCACCAGAUGAUGCAUCUCGUCAAGAACUUCAUACAAUUCAGGAAAUUAUGUGUCGAUUUCGUCAGCUUUCACCUGAUGGUGGUGAGUGUGGUUGUUUAAAGGCAGUCAUUCUUUUUAGACCAGAAACAAAAGGUCUUACUGAUUCAAAACCUGUUGAAUUACUUCAAGAUCAAGCACAGUGUAUUCUCAAUGAUUAUAUACGUUCACGUUAUCCACGACAGCCAGAAAGAUUUGGAAGAUUUUUAUUGUCAUUACCUAGUUUAUAUGCUGUUAAACCAACAACAGUAGAACUUUUAUUUUUUCGUGAAACAAUUGGUGAAAUACCAAUUGCACGUCUUUUAGGUGAUAUGUAUCAAAUGGAACAUCAUUCAGGAGAUGAUUUUAAAAGUGAUUUUGGAAUUGAUAUGAUUAAUCGUCAAAAAAAUAAUUCUGAUUUAAAAAUGUAAAAAUUAAUGACUGUUAAUUUUAAUAUAAUAUAUAUAU